CAUACUCCAUGAUUGAAUGCCGCGAGGCUUAACUCCUAAAAUGGAUUAUUAAACACGCUACGUCAAGCUACAUGUCCACGUCAUGGAGACACCUUCUAGUUUCACCGUUUAUGUCCGCCGUUGCUCUUUCUCUCCCUUAUCAAUCCCUUGAUGUUGGUAGUCGGUGAUAUCUAUUAGCAGCCGAAUUCGGGGCCAGGAUACAGAAAAUCACUUCAGAACCAUCUAUUAUUACGAAUAUCGUAUCGUCGCCACUCUCUAAACUAGGCUGAAUCUCGCAAUCUACCUUCACCAUAAAUCUAUCUAAGCUCAUUUGCCAAACAACAUGACAUCGGCGAACAGAAUCUCCCGGAGACGUGCUCCGAGGAAAUCAGGGGGCCGCCGAAGGAAUCUCCCAAAAACAUUUACUCCUCCGAAAUCGCCUCAGUCCAUUCUAGCUCAGGCUCGCAGAAAUAGUCUCACGAGCAGACGUGGCCGUGGAGGGCUUUUCGGUGCCGGUAGUAGCAAUAGAACAAACCGCGCAGAGCGUAAAGCUGGGGGACGGGCUUCGAAGUAUUCCAAGUUCGGUUUGAUCCCGCGCUCAACAGAACCGUUCGAAAAGAACUGUUUUGAAAAGGAACCAUUCGCCACAGGUUAUGUGUUUGUUCCCAAGGGCGAUGUCUAUGUUACUCGCAACUGUCGAACGAACACGAAGGAAUCUGAGCGCACAGUCUAUACCGUGUUUGACAAGACAGGGAAGAGGACCCUCGGUAUCCGUGUGCCAUCUGACAUCUACGCCGCUGUUCUCGAGUCUGCUGCUGCGACCGCUGCGACACGCGCGAAUGCUGUCAAACUUCGCGACGAGAAAGACCUGGCUCACUCUCGACGAAUUCUCCGUACUCAAUUCCCAUUGAUGCCUGCGGAAUCUUUGGAGGCGAUUCUCAAUCACGCAUUUCUCAAAGGUUCCGGCCGAGUCGGACGCACGGGGACCAAAUCGGACGAACGCAAGGCUGAUCUGGCGGUGGAGGCUCAUAUUCGACACAUGCACACUCCGUAUGAAUCCCUGCUCCAUGCUGGGGCGGGCCGCGAAGAAGCCCGAAACGCGGUUUGGGAACUGGUUAAAGCCAUCAAAACUGCAUGGGAAGGUGGAGAUUCUCAGCCUAUGGAUGUGCUAGCUCUGCGCAACCGGAUGGUGGAAUCGAAUUGAUGCCAAUUCAAGUUGGAUACGUUCCAUGCCGUCCAACGACGGACGCCGAAAAGACCACUAUAAAUUCUAGAUUUUCCUUACAGUACGAUUAUGGGCGUCAGCACGACGCUCAAAGUAACGAUAUCAUGGCUCUACCCGACCUAGGAGAACGAAGAAGAAAGGGAAAUGACUUGUUACGAAGCCACGAAAGAUACCCUAUGUACUUGGACUUGCAUAGACUACAUUUCCAUAACAAUGUUAUGUUAGAUUCAAAGAUAGAGAGUGUGGUUUUUCAUCACCACUGGUGACUUAAGACACACUCGUUAACGGUUUUGCUCUUACCUCUAGUUUUAUGAAUUGAGUCUUGCAAUAUU